AUGUCGCGAAGCAUUACGAUUCAAGGACAUGAGUUCAAACUCUUGGAAAUCAUAUCACUCAAGAAAUCGGAGGACCUUUAUGAUAUGAGUGAAGUUCACAACGCCGAACGUGUAUCUGACGGAAGACCAGUAAUCGUCAAGCUGCGCUAUCAGCUUUCUUCUCACCCUAGAGAAGUCCCCUCAGACGUCCCCAUCAUUAUUGAGGACGGUAAGAGGGACUUUCGCUCGGAAUGUCGUUCGCUGCAGGACAACCAAAUGUUAGGCGUUCCUGUUUACCUUGGGCAUCAGGAGCUUAUACAAAGGGACGAACAUUUCCGGUAUCUUCCCGAAGGGUAUAUGAAUGCACUAGCCAUGGACAAGGUGCCGGGUGAACCGGUCACCUAUUUGAGACUCACUGCGACAGAAGCAGACCUCAUCAAGAAACAACUAGCCCGGAUAUUUGACAAGAUGCGUCGCAAGGCGUAUGAUGUAGGCUCUCCGAACACUGAACAUGUCUUCUUCGACCGGGAGACUCAGCAGACAUACUUCAUAGGUAUGUCCGGCGUGGGGAAGGAUGACUACGUAGGCCUCGAUCCAAUCGUGAAGACCUCUAAGAAAGUCACGAUGUUCUGCGUUGACUCUUUUGUCAUUCGCCGGUAA